AUGGGGAUAGACUCUAUGGUCGGCAUAGCUGAAGAAGCCGAUGUGGAAGUCCUAUCAUCCGAUAUUGAGCUCGUAGAGCAAUCUUCUGGUAUCCUCUCAGUGGUGCCUUCAAGAGAUGCGCUAGAAGCGGCGCGGCGAGUGGUGGACGCCUUACAUGAACUCGCCACCCGUGGUUCGCGGCCGAGUAGCCCCUUCUACUUCAUAGAUCCCAACGCUGUUGCAGCGUCAACGGUUCGAGGGAUAGCCGAACUCUUCACCUCGGUCCAUCAUAGUGCUCGCUUCAUCGACGGCUUGAUCUUAGGAGAGCCCCCCGUUUUCGUCUCGGCAAGCGACGUAGAGCCGCAGACCGUCUCACCUACGACGGCUACGAGUGGUGUUGAACAACGCUGGUCCAUGGGUGCAGGCCCGAGUCCCCAUUUCCGGUCCUCAUCAGAUCACGGAUUUGCCCUAUCAUGGGGAGAGGUUGGGUACAUCGCAGUCGCCGCACGAGGGUUGACCACCGCGGAACGACUCGGCCUGCUCUACGUUCUCAAAGACGAGCUGCAGCUACGUCUCCCAGAUCACUUACGUCUAGCCGAGAGCGGAGUCACCGUCACGCCACCGAAAGCAUACCGCUGGGUAUUCGAGAUGGAGCAAAUAGCCCGAACUCAUGCCGAAGAGGGUGGGUUUGCCCUGGGUCUAUUUCAAGGAGCUGCAGGAGUGUUUCGUGACAUCGCGGAAAAUAGCGUCCUCGGGAAAGAAAAGAUUGGAAAUAGAGUUCGAGGUACAAUAAUGGAAGACUUUGCUGCCAUACUCGCAAGGGACUUGGAACACAAGACGACUUAUUGCCAAGUCUCCCCGGGUAAUGACGAGGACCAUUCCUAG